GCACCUUGGAGAACUCCGCUCCGCAGCUCAGCGCACUGCGGAGGAACUGAAUCCGGGAUUUGUGCGUAAACUACGUCAAAUCCGCAAGGAAGUACCAGAUGCUGCACUGACUGCUGGGGCUGCCUCGUCUUCACCUCUUUGUUGACGAUACUGGCUGACGGUUAACUGUUUCAGGUUUCCUCUUUAAAUGCUCGACCUCGCUGCUGCCAGGACAUCAGAGGUGUUAUGGAGGCACAUUUAGCUUCACAUCCAUCCUUCGCUUGAUCAGGUUUCAUCGGAUUGGUCGAGGCACAUGCCAUUCAACGGACUGUCCCAGCCUGCGUCCGCGGGUAUAAACAGCAUGGCCAGCGCACAUUCCAGUCCGGUCUAAAUAUAUCUAUUAAGGCCACAGGAGGAGGGGGAGGAGGAGGACUGGUGGAGGACAGGGGGGUUUAUCCUGGGACGCUUCACUUCACUGUCGUGGUCCACUUGAAUUAUCAUCCGGAGAUUGACAAUCGGUUGUUGAACCCCACAGAGGAGAUCCAAAAACAUGCCCUCCGGUUACAAUGUGAGGUCCAGGGCGAGGGAGAGAAACAGCGUCCUGAGCAGACCGGAGUUCAUCUCCCUCAACCAGCCUCCACUCCGCGGUGGAGGUAGCGGCAGUAGCGGUGGUGGUGGCGGUGGUGGCCCCGCUGAGAGCCGAGGAGGAGGCGCAAGUGGCGGCGGCAGCAGCGGCGGCGGCGGUGGCGCAAGACGACCGGGUCAGAUCAAGCACCAAACUAGCCAGCCGAGCGAAGAAGCUACCGACAGCGGCAGCAAGGACCGGAGAGAGCCCGCUAAGAUGCCGGAGGAGGACUGCAUGCAGCUGAACCCUUCCUUCAAGGGGAUAGCGAUUAACUCCCUGCUCGCCAUCGACAUCUGUCUGUCCAAGCGCAUGGGGGUGUGCGCGUACACGUCGUCCUCGUGGGGAGGCUGCCGCUCCAUGGUCGGCCUGCUGGCGCUCACCGGGCACGGCAUCACGUGGAUCAUUGGCACGAUCGUGUGUCUCACGAGGAGCAACACUCUGGCUGGGCAGGAGGUCCUGGUCAACCUGCUGCUGGCCCUCAUUGUUGACGUCCUGACUGUGGCUGGACUCCAGAGACUGGUGAAGCGCAGAGGACCCUGGGAGAUGAUGCCGGGCUUCAUGGACUGCGUCGCCAUGGACAUCUACUCCUUCCCCGCUGCUCACGCCAGCCGGGCCGCCAUGGUCUCCAAGUUCCUGCUGUCCCACCUGGUCCUGGCCGUGCCGCUUCGCAUCCUGUUGGUACUGUGGGCCCUCCUAGUGGGCAUGUCGCGGGUGCUGCUGGGGAGACACCACCUAACCGAUAUGGUGUGUGGCUUUGCGCUGGGCAUGCUUCACUUCAGCUUGAUGGAGUCGGUGUGGCUCUCGUCGAGCACCUGUCAGACUCUUAUUUCCAUCAGCACGCUCAGCUGGAGCCCCUUUUUCUGAGCUUUUGAUAUAAGGCUAUGCUAGCACACAAGGCUUAUUUGAUACACUAAGCUCGCAAUGUCGAGGACUAAGGUCUGAUGAAGUUAUUUUUGCAAGGGUCAUAAGUUCUCAUCGCAGGGUGUGAAAACAGAAGCAUUCAUAUUUGGAACCAGAUGCUGGCUUGCAUGUAACGACCAAGACAUCCAAGGCCUUCAUAAUGCUUCACAAAUCCUAGUAUCUUCAGUCAAACCUACUAAAACACAUCUCUACUGCUCCUUUACUUCAAUUAAAUACUACUAAUAAAGGCAAAAUCAAGACAACUGCAAACUGACAAUGAUUUGGUGAAAAUAUAUAUGUAGGAUUUUUGAAGUUUUUAGAUUUUAGAUUUGAACUUCUUUCUAUUCAACAAACUCUCUCUUGAGGGUGUGUGCCUCUUCCUCUUUGCCAACUUGCUUCCUUUUACUUCCUCCUUCCCUGCUACCUCUUCCUCUUUUCACAUUUGUUUUUAAUAUCGCUGCUUUUAUUUUGGAAUAGCGAACCACGUUGGACACUGAAUAGUUUGGUGUAAGGCUGUAAUAUUGGAUGUAACACUAAAAUAUACAGUAUAAAGUGAUUGUUGUUUGGAUAUUCCAUAUUGGCAUGACUAUUAUGUUUGUAUAUUACCGAUGGGAUUCUGUUCUGCUUAAUGAAUGCUUAUGAAACAUGAACUUAUUUGGAUGCCACUGAAUUUAGCUGCUUGUGUAAAACAAAUGUCACACUUGCACAGAAUUUAAUAUUUUUUCUUACAGGGUCAAAUAUAAUUUCCAUUCAACGUGCCAUUAAUGCUUUAAUGAGUUAAAUCUCUUUAAUUUAUGGCAGCUCUUUCAUUUCAGGCUGCUGCAGUCUGCAGCCUAACAGAUGUUUAUGUAUACGGUCAGUGAUGCUGAUUCUGUGCCCCACUAAACAACUGAAGCGUGUGUGUGUGUGCGUGUGUGUGUGAAUGUUGGCAUACUAAGUAAAAAUAUCUGUUUGAAAUUAUCAUUCUCUUCCAAAUGCAUUUUUAUGGACCUUUGAAUGAAACCUGCUGGGUUUUUGUGGCAAACUUUUUUUUGUGGUUUGGUGUGUAAAUACAGUUUUGUGUACAUUAGUUUGCUUUAGUUCUGUACAGGGACCUGUAUGUCAUGUUUUUAUUUUGGGUUUUUUUCCCAUCAUUAAUAAAAAGAGGUGGGCUGUCAGUAAAACGUG